CUCUCGAGCAAGAUUUAAUUUGCGGCUUCAGACAGCGAAAAUAUCUCGAUUCAUACACUGAUGAAAGGAAAAAUCGAGUAAAUCACCUGCCUUGCUGAACGAUGACGAUGAUGAUGAUGAUAACGACGAUGAUGACGAUGACGAUGACGACAAUGACGAAGAGAGGGAGAAGAAACUGGACGGAGAAGGAAGGGGCGCACAAUAUAAAUAUCAUCACAACGUGUGAGAUUAAGAUUUUAAUGGAGUACGAAGAGACGACGCGACGCGCGAAAUGACGGCUAUCAAAAAAGACGAUGCUGCCGACACCAUCGAAAAGGCAUCGUCGGCGAAAAUGUCCACCACAGUGUCUCCGACUCUACAACAGAACUGUAUCUUCGGGAUUAGACACGUACAGACGUUGUUACUGUUCCUGGGCAUGACCAUCGGAUACAGUCAAAGGGUCUCAAUGUCGGUGGCCAUAGUAGCAAUGGCAGACGCGAGUACUGCAAAUCCAGAUAUCGAGGAUUACGGCUGGGAUCAAGUACAGAAGAACAUGGUACUCAGCUUUUUCUGGGGCUAUGUGAUAACGCAAGUGCCGAGCGGCUACAUUGCCGGCAUUUGGAGCGGCCAAAAGCUCCUCAGCAUCGGAAUGUUGCUGUGUGGUAUCUUCAACAUCAUUACACCAUUUGUGGCCAGCUGGUGGGGUUUGCCAGCUGUUCUGGUUUGCAGGAUAGGCAUGGGUUUGCAAGCUUGUCUGUUACCUUGCACUCAAACCCUUCUCUCCAAAUGGGCGCCACCUGCUGAAAGAGCACGACUAGGAACUUUUGCUUAUGCGGGUGCCCAAUUCGGUACAGUAAUUACAAUGCCCAUUUCCGGAUUUCUCGCUGCAUCGAGUGUGGGUUGGCCUAGCAUCUUCUACUUAUUUGGUGCAUUAUCGGUCCUCUGGAGUAUAAUUUUCUUCUUCUUCGGGGCAGAUUCACCAGCCGAACAUCGUAGCAUUUCCCAGAAAGAAAGAGAAUAUAUAGAGGAAAGUUUAAGAACCACAGAAACAAAAAAUGAAGAUGAAUCCAAACAGACAUUGCGUACACCAUGGAAAGAAAUAUUCACUUCGCUACCCAUGUGGGCUCUUCUGAUAGUCCAUUGCGGUCAAAAUUGGGGAUAUUGGACUCUACUGACGGAAAUGCCUAGCUACAUGACAGGUGUAAUGAAAAACAUUGAAAUGAGCGGUGUAUUUUCCGCGCUGCCAUACUUGGCCAUGUGGCUUCUCAGUUUUCCCGUCAGCUGGUUGUCCGAUUUCGCGCUGAAGAAGGGCGCAUCCAGAGGCACAGUCAGAAAGAUUUGCAAUACAAUAGCCCAUUGGGGCCCGGCCAUCGCCCUGGCGUGUAUGAGUGUCGUACCUACUGACAAUCACACCUGGGCCGUCGUUCUCCUUACCGUAGCGGUGGGUCUGAACGCUGGAUCUCUAUGCGGUUAUCAGAUCAAUCAUAUCGAUCUCAGUCCGAAUUUUGCCGGCACGAUGAUGUCCAUCACCAAUUGCGCUGCGACUGUUACAGCCAUUCUCGCGCCGCUGAUAUGCAGUCAGAUCGUCACCGAUGAGACCAACGUAUAUCAGUGGAAUAUCGUGUUCUAUGUCUCGGCGGCGAUCUUCUUUGUGGGUAAUCUGAUAUUCGUGAUAUUCGGCAAGGGCGAAGUGCAAUGGUGGAACGAUUCUGAGGAGAUCCAAACUCGACGGCAAAAACGAAACGGAAAUCUAGAAGACAAGAGACAAACUUGAAAUUUAUGUAAAUUGAUAUAGACUGUUUGAACUUUUAUUUUUCAAACUUACCACCUAUGGGAUUGUGUGUUUAAAUCAGACUUUGAGUUUGAAGUUAUACACACAUAGAAUUAACAGAACUGAUUUUCUGUAUUAAAUUUGACUUAAUUUUAAAUGAAUCUUCUAAGAUCUCGAAAUUGCGAUGGAUUACGAAAUCUGUUUGUCGUAAUUGCUGGUAUAAGUGUUGCUGUACAUAUUAUUCCUUUAUUAUGAAGUAUGAUCUUUUCAUUUUCUGUUA